AUGGGCGGAAGUUCAAGACACAGUUCUCACAGCUCUCACAGCUCCCAUAGCUCCCAUAGCUCCCAUAGCUCCCACAAGGGUAGCUCCUCAUCACAUUCUCCAAAGAAGUCAAAGUCAAGUACAGUCGAUGAUCUCGACUGGUCAGACAUUACAGAUCCUGAGGAGAGACGAAGAAUCCAGAACCGCAUUGCUCAACGCAAGUUCCGAGAGAAGGCUCGAGAAAGUAAAGAGAGAACAGAGCGAGACUCCCGCAAUCAAGAGUAUGCGGGCAACAGUUAUCGGAUUCCAUCUUCCAGCGACUUCAACUCUCAAGCAGAUCCUUCAGGCCUCCCUUGGGGCAGUAUGAACAUCGGCCACUUCGUGGGUAGAAGUCAAGAGGCCGAGAGCCGGCAUAGCAGCAGUAGAAGAGGAACGCAUAGCGCAGAGGAUAGCUUUGCGACAGCUACGUACGGGGCUUCACCGUCCUACAACACGCAUUGGGCGCAACAAACAACUUACGGAGAAAGCAGUGGGGGAGAUGAAAUGUAUUACGAUGAUUCUUAUCUGUACGACCCUAAUUUGGGGCAAUGA